AUGUUAUUUAUUGAACGUGCAGACACUCAGAAGCUCGAAGUUGUAGGUCGGUGGCGCACGAGCCCGAUGAGCGCGUGCGCGGCGGCCGCCAUGCGCGAAAAGCACGCGGCGCCGCGCCGCCUCGCCUCGCCGCCCUCUUCGCCCCUCGAGCGGCAUCCCAGCCCUCUCGGCUCUCCCCGCGCAGAUGAACCUCUUGACCUAAGAGUCACGCACAAACGCCCGCAGCGAUUAGAAGAUGAAAACUGUAAUCUCAUUACUCAGUCACCGCCACCGCACCCGACGCAUCCGGCACAUCCAGCACAUCCGGCGCUCUUACAGUUCUGCCGCCGAUUGCCUCUAGCGCUACCAGCGUCGUUCGGACGUUACCCUUUCUUGCCAGCCGCGGCGGCGACAUUACUAGCCCCCGGUGCUCCGAGAGCCCCAGCAGUUCCUCAAAACCCUGGAGUAAACAGGGCACGUGACCGAUAUACAUGCUCCUACUGUGGGAAAGCGUUCCCACGGAGUGCUAACCUAACGAGACAUCUACGAACACAUACGGGCGAGCAGCCCUAUCGGUGCAAAUAUUGUGAAAGAUCCUUCUCAAUAUCUUCAAACUUGCAAAGACAUGUGCGAAAUAUUCACAACAAAGAGAGGCCGUUCAGAUGUCGUCAUUGCGACCGAUGUUUCGGACAGCAAACGAAUUUGGACAGGCAUUUAAAGAAACACGAAGCAGAAAAUGGUGAUGACAACCGCCGGAGAUCACCAGAGGAGACUUAUUUCGAGGAGAUUAGGUCCUUCAUGGGACGAGUGGCGCCGACACGUCGCGCCGCCACGGCCGCUAGUGUAGUGGACCAUACC